AUGACGGCGCUAUCGUCCGACAUCUGCUUCUGUGUCCACUUUGUUAGAUUCAGUGACGGAGAAAUGUCCCAUCUAGAAAACCAUGAGAUCAGCGCCGUGCUCAGAGUCUCUCGUCUGCCGCUGGUUCGCUCGGCGCUGCAGUCGGUGACUUCGGUGUACUCGGAGGUCAAAGGUCGUUAUCCCCUGCUGGGGCUGAUGGGAGGAGCUGCCGAGGUCGGAGUUCGCAGCGUCUCCCUCGUGGCGAUGAAGCAAGCCACACCCAUCCUGCAGGGCCUAGAGCCACAGAUUGAAGUCGCCAACAGCUUGGCUCAGUUGGGUCUCGACCGUCUGGAGAAGAACUUCCCGAUUCUGAAUCAGUCGACAGACGAGGUCGUAGGUCACCUGAAGGACGCCCUCUUCCUGACCCUGGACGACGUGCAGCUGUGGGUCGUGGACGGGAUGGACGGCGCUCUGGAUCAGCUGGAGCGUCUGGCCGACGCCGCUCGGGUUGCGAUGCGGCAGCUGCAGGAUUCCCAGGUGGGUCGAGCGGCCUCGUCAGGACUGGACGACGUGCUGAGUCGUCUGGAGGAGGCCGCCGCCUACUACCUGCCCCUCCCCCCCACGCUGCGUCGGGAGUGGGAGAUGCGGGUGCAGGAGUUCGAGGACGAGGACGAGGACGAGGAGCCCGGUCUGUGGACCAGGGUCCGGAGUCUCCUGCUCAGCCUCAGUCUGCAGCUCUACCACCGGAUGAUGAAGGUCCGGGAGCAGCUGCUGCUCGCCGCCCGGACGCUGGGAGACGGCGCCGACAAGGUGGGUCUGAGCCGCGUCCUGGAGCUGGUCGGUGAGCUGCUGCAGAACCUGCAGAACCUCCUGGUGGCGCUGGUGUACCGAGCAGAGCAUCUCAGAGAGCUGACCAUGACCCAGAUCAAGAGCCAGGCAGCCAUGUUGGUGGAGCUGAGUCCGGUGCGUCAGGUCCGAGAGCUGCCGCUGCAGAUCCAGCAGCUGCUCCGAGACCUGCAGGAACUGUCCAAGCUCCUCCUGCAGCUGGUGGUCAACGCCACGCCGCUCUACAACAUGCUGCAGCAGCCGACGGAUCAGGAGGUCGAGGACUUCCUCAGCCAGGAGGACUUUUCCUUUGACAGCUCGUCUCGCCGCAGCUCAGUUAACAGCCUCUUCCUGAAGGCGAUGGACGGCCGUCCUCGCCGCCGCCGGAGUCUCUACUCCCGCGCCCGAGACACUCCCAACGGCCGGCGCUCCAGCCUGAAGGAUCCUGCGGCCCUGGAGGUGGACGACCCGUACGUCCCUCCCGAGGUCAGCGUGGUCCGCCGGCCGUCGGCCACCGAGCUGCUCCUCACGCCGCUCAAACAGUUCGUCUCUCAGAGCCAGAAGGCCUUCGAGUACCUGAGUCCCAACUCCCCCAACGACACCGCCAUAGCAGAAGCCAACUGA